AUAAACUAGAAAGUAUACAAAGUUGAUUUCAAAAAAGUAUUUCUACUUUCGAUUUCAAUUCAUUGACAUUGCACAUGAUGUCUCCAUUCUAUACAUUGAUGGUGACGUCACUACGUUACUGUCAUCUGAAAGAUCGUUUGUUGACACAUUGAUGAACUCUCUACAUGAGACAAUAAUCAUCAUGUCGGAAAACGAAAAUAGGGAUAUCAGAACGAUAUCUGACAAGGAUUUCAAAAGCGAAACGUAUAUCAUACGUAAACCUGUUCUGGUCACCUUCCUAGCACAGGACCACCCCAUUGGUACCACCAACAACUCGAAACUAAAGAGCAUGGUUGUAGACAAGAAUUCGAAACUUGUAAAUCGCGAAGUAGAUAUUGACAUGAAGCUUUUAGACGAAUUCUUCAGAGAACAGUUAACCAUACAGCCCCAGGUCGACUUUCUUGUAAAUCACAAACACGACGAAAUUCAUGAGUAUAUGAAAACAAUAGAGGCGGAGAAGUAUGACGGUUUCUUCUUUGUUUUCUUAUCUUACCUGUCCCUCAAGGAACGAAACAAAAAGGGCGAACUUCCGUGCCUUAAAGUGGAAUGUUACGACAAAGCCGUACCGAUAGAGGAUUUUAUGGUUAUGGUAAAGGGACGUAGAGACAUGGCCCUGAAGCCGAAAGUAUUCAUCUUCCAAACAGACGAUCUGGAUCUCAUGCAACCAAAUAUAAUAAAGAAAGCGUCUGGUUUUGGUAAAACGAUAGAACUAAAGACAAUGACGAUACCAACAGAUGCUGACCAGCUCAUGAUGAUGUCAACACUUCCACAACGGCUUCCAACACUACGACCGGAAACGAAUGUCGCCAUACUAACAGCGUCCGAGGGAGGAGGGGUUUUCGGUCAACCAAGCGACGAGACUGAAAAAGUCACAGUCAGGAAAGAGAAUUCCUUGCUGAUCAAAGCUCUCGUGGACGUUCUCAAAGAAAAUAGAGAUGUUGAUAUCUUAAGCUGCACUCCGCUGAUAAAUGGAGAGGUAGAGAAGCUUAUAGAUGCACUAGGCCUUGCAGACGAGUAUGGGAAAGAUUUCGUUGAAAAUAAACUAGUGUUGCCCGUUGUGUACUCCACGCUUACAAAAGAUCUACAUUUCUACAACGUGCGAGACAAUCCAAAUGGACUGUAACCGUCAAACUUCCGAAUGAUUUCAUUACUCAAAAUACUUCAUGUAUUGUUUUCGAAAACAUUGACAUUGUUGAAUACGUAAACAUAAAUUUAAUAUUAUAAUCAGACCUUAUACACGAUGUGCUACAGGCUAUGUUUGAUUCUGUUAUAAAUAUAUUGGCUGUUUGGGGUAUAAACACUUAACAAAAUAAGUAUGUGUGUUUUAUAACACAUUUAACUGUGUUUUAAUAUUUUAACAUUGCAUAUGUGUUGCAUAUGGUGUAUACACUAAACUAUUUAAUUAAUGCUUGUGUUGUCCCUGUUAUAGCAUAUGACGCCUCUGUAUGGGGAGUAAAGUCUUACUCUUGCAUGCAUCAAUGCAAUUCAGUAUAGGGCAAUGAGGUUCUUCCUGGGCGCGGGCAAGUAUACACCGAAUACAGCUGUACAGGGUGAAAUGGCUUGGAAGCCAAUUUUAAAUGAACAAUGGAAGAUGAUAUAUAGCCAUUGGCAUAGAUGUUUAAAUUAUAAUGAAAACAGAGUAAACCAUAAGACAUGUAUAUGGACUUUACAAAAGGGCAAUGCUAGAUGUAAAAAUUGGUGCAAAACUGUUAGAUGAGCUAAACAGUUUUAGUUUAGAAGGCUAUUUACAGCUGCCAUUCUCGCAAAUAAAGUUUCUACAAGGUAUGUCUGAAAAUAUAAUGCGAACCCAUAUUGAAUCUUGGGAAACAGACUUGUCGAUGGUAACAGCUGUAAAUGGCCCAGGUAGAAAUAAGCUUAGAAAAUAUAGGCUUUUUAAAUCUGAUUACUCUGUGGAACAUUAUUGUAAAAUACAAAUGCCAUACAGUCAUAGAUCAGCACUGGCCAAAUUCAGGUGUGGAGUGACUCCACCAAGAAUUGAAACUAGACGUUAUGAAAACUUAGCACCUGAUCAUAGAAAAUGUCCUUUUUGUGUUAACACAGUAGAAACUGAGAUGCAUGUAACACUUCAUUGCCACUUGUAUAGUUUAGAUAGAGAAAUACUGUUUGAAAAAGCAGCCUCCAUGUGUGAUACUUUUUUAAGUUUAAAUGACAUAGAUAAGAUGAAAUUGAUUUUCACACACCCAGAUAUGGUUAGGUUACUAGCAAAAACUUGUUGUAAUAUACUGAAAUUAGAAAUAACCAUUUGUACGGUAAAAAUAAUUGUAUAUAAAAUAAAUAUGAAUUUUAAAGAAAUGUAUGUUUUAUAUGCUAUGUAAUGCCUAGUGUUUAUUAACUUUUUCUGUACUUUAUCUAUGCUGGAAGUCACUUGCUAAUCUGUUUGCUUUUAAUCUGAUUAGAGGUGAUACAUGUUUUAGAUUUUUUAACCUGAGCAUGUCUAGUGCACUAUUCACAACAUUGUCAAAUUUUAUCUAAAGUUAUUGUAUCCUGUUUUUUAGACAGUAAUCCUACAUCAAUUUGAGUGUCAACAUUUUGGAGUUGGAUGGAUGUCAUGAUUAGGAAGUCAAUUUCAGUCCUUUUAUCAUGUAGAAAUGUGAAAAGAAUGUCGUGUGUAUGUGCUGAUGUCAACGAGCUAUGUCAAACAAAUUUGAAUGACCACACCAAGAUAAGGAUCCAUACCGGCUAACAUUUUACAAUAUUUGGUAUGACAGCAAGGGUUCUAUGGUUUGUUUGACAGUGCUCGGAAGCAUUACCAAGUACAUUGUAUUACAAACUGAUGUGUAUAUGAAUCAUAGUCACUUAUAGUUAUUAAAGAACGGUCAUGUACAUGAGGUUACUAUAUAUUCUUGCUGUGUUGAUUUUAUAUGUAUGUAUGUGAAUAUGACUGAAAUAAACUUAUACAAUAUGUUG